CCUCUGUUGCUAACACAAUUGUUUUGCUUGACAACCAGGCUACGGGAUGGACAACGUCAUCAUUAAGCGCAUGCUGCAGAGAGCGGUCACGUGAGAGGAUUCGGAAGACAUGCCGGUGGAUGGUUCAGAGGAAGAUGGUCAGCAUAUAAUGGAAAAAGCCCUUAAUAUUUUAUUGGUGGGUGAGGGGAACUUCUCCUUCUCCGUUUGUCUUUGUGACUUAAGCCGUGGCAGGUUUCACAUCACCGCCACAUGUUUUGAAGCAGAAGAUAAAGUAUGCAGACAAACUCUUGCCUGGAACAAUGUGCAGCAUCUAAGAGAAAGAGGAGCUGUAGUUGUGUUUGGGGUGGAUGCAACAGACCUUGGUGGUAACGAGCUUCUUGCUAAUAAACCAUAUGAUCAAAUUAUUUUCAACUUCCCCCACUGUGGUAGGAAGGCUGGUGUGAAGAAAAACAGGGACCUGCUCACCAAGUUCUUCUUAAGCUGCUCCAAUGUUCUUUCUCAGGAAGGGGACAUACAUGUUGCUUUGUGCAAAGGACAGGGAGGAACGCCUGCAGAUCAGCAUUUGAGAGAAUGGCAUAAUAGCUGGCAAGUGGUGGCCAUGGCAGCAAAAGCAGGAUAUAUUCUAAGUGCAGUGGUUCCUUUUGGGACUGAUCAAUACAAUGGCUAUCAAUGCACAGGAUACAGAAGCCAAGAAAAAUCAUUUCAUGUGGAAGGCUCUUUGACUCACAUCUUUACUAGGAGUUUGCCUCUGGAGAUGUUGAAACCACUGCAGCUAAUAAACAGACUGACAGACGUGCUACUAACGACGAACGUUCUGGAUGAAGAAGAGAUUAGAGCAUACAGGGAUGUCUUAGAACGAGAUGUAUAUCAUCCAACCAGAAUACUUAACAAAGAGCUUGUAGCCUUUCUGGAAAAAAGUGUGCCACUUAGAUGCCUGGAAGACACGUUUUCCCUAGUAUGUGACACCUGCAGUAGUUCAGCAAACUGCUGUCAUUCAGUAUCUGAGAAUGUCCCAUAUUUCAUCAACGCUAUGAAUGGUGAUGUAUGCCCAAAGUAUUCUUUGAAUGCAGAGCUAAAGCAGGUUGGUUCCAACACUUUCUGUACAAACCAUAGCUCCAAACAGUAUGUAAGGCCUUCACUGUCAUAUUUCACUAAUGACAUCAUUCAAAGACCUGACUUCAUCCAAGGGGUAAUGUACUCAUUAAACGGGCUUGUUUUCAGAAAAUGUUUGGCAUCACAGUGGAACAUGCCAAUCUACCAUGAAUUCAUGCUUUUGUGGGGUUGCGAGUCAGACAAGAUAACGGAACAAAUGCAGAUGCUCAGGACUACCAUUGACAGUGCCGUAGCAUAUGUUCAGACUUUGAUUGCCAAUAAUUCCCAAUAUUCUGGGAAAAGAAAAACUGAAACAAACAUCAUUUUUAAUGGUGUGUUAACAUUUGACAGCAACCUCCACACUGGAAAUGCCACUGAAAAGAUUUCUUGUACUUAUGGUGAUCAUAUAAUAGGACAUAUAAAUGCAUUGCCACAAAGGAAAAAUGGCAAUGCCAAUGGCCUUCUGGAAGUGACACUAAAUCUUGAUUUACUGGCCAUGUGUCUUCUGCAUAUCCCUGACUGGCAAAUGCUUUGGACACCUGAUGACAGAUUCAAACAACAAUUUAACCCUCCUCAACUAAGAAUCUUCAAACUCUUUUCUCUUUACCCUCCUCACUAUACCCAUGAUGUCAGUUUCUGGGUUAGAGAAGGCUCCAUUUUUGAUAAUCAAGAAUUUCAUUUGUUAGCCCAGAGAGUUUCUAAAGGGACCAUUCGGGACAUUCAACUUAUGGAUACAUUUCAGAAUGUGAAUACUGGGCAGACCAGCUUAUGUUAUAGGAUAACUUAUCAGUCAUGUGAUAGGGCACUGAGUUAUGAGACGGCUUCAGAAAUGCAACUGUUGUUAAGAGAAGAAUUGCAAAAUUGUUUUAGUGUCACUCUUAGAUAGUCAGUAUACCAAAGAAAUAGUCAAAAAAAGGAUAAACUAAUAAAAUGAAUAAAGGUUGCCCUCCAGUGAACCUUAUUUGGAGCACACCUCAGGAAGAGGACUUAGAGUAUUGCUGUGAGAUAGCUUGGUAACUUCUGUGUCACCCAGAUGGUUGAAUGUGAGCAGGAAUAAAUGAGAAAGCAUGUAUGCUUCAUAAAACCUGAAUUAUCACUCCCA